AUGACAACGGCCUCGGCGGAACAAAGAGCGGCCAUGGAAGACGAGAUGGACGCGCUGUUCGACGACCAUCCGUCGCUGUCGGCGUCACUGGAGGACUUUGAAGCCUCCAACAGGCGAUCGCCAAUGUUCGACCUGCCCUCGCAACACUCGGGCUUUCGCUCUGAGGACUCGGAAGAUGCACAAUCCGAGCCGCCGCAGGAGCGCUGGUCGCCGCCAGCCCUGCGACGCCCGGACUCGCUUGCUGGCAGCCAUUGGUAUCGCCAUGCCCCGUACGAUAUGAAACCAACGCUGCAGAACAGCAGUCCACAACAAUCGCGCGAGCCGAGUCCGCAGUACGAAGACGCCCGCGAGGCGCCUCCGCUUCCCUCCCCCCAAAGGAAGCCUACCGACUGGCCUGACAUCACGCUGGCGGCCAACGUACCGCUUCCACCGGGCACAGAUUCGCCGGUGAAAGGGCGGUCGGUGUCUCCCGAGCCAAAGGACAGGCGGCUUGCCGUCGUCCAGAAUAUCACUCACGAAGAAGCAAACUCAAACUAUGUGCGGUUUCGAAUGUCGGCCGAAGUCGCCCAAAGAGAACCUUUGCAAGCUGCAUGGACUGCGCUCCGACUGCCGCUCGACCGCAUGUUCAGCUCCAAGGCCAGCGCGUUUUUUUCGGUUCUGGUUGCGUUUCUGGCCAUGGUUCUUGUGCGCAUUCUCACCCUGCCACAGGGCUCGCAGUCGAUCCCGAAUCUGGUCAAGCUGUGUGCCUUUGCCCGCAACUUUGAGCCCUUGAUAUACUACUCGGAGAAUGGGGUGCAGCACAUUAGCAACCUGCAGGAGACUGGCAUUGCAGUCUGGGAUCUGGGCGAGUCGGUGCGAGGCAGCAACAUGACGAGCGCGCCAAUCAUUGUCACGCAGCUCGACGAGCUGUCCGGGUCUCUCAAAGACCUGUCUCUCGAACUAACCCGGUUCUUCGCCAACGUCGACUCGGACAUUGACUCGAUCCUGCUCGUCAUGGACUGGACCCGCCGGGAGCUCACAGCCCUCCAUGCGCAGCCGCCGAGCAGCCUGCCCAGUAUUGUGAUUGACAACAUCUACGGCAUGAUUUCACAGGUGGCCACACUCGAGCAGAGAAGCCACCAGCAAUCCAUUCUCCCAGGCGAGUCUUCGGCCGCCAGCACGCCAACCAUCCUCGGCACCGUGGUCACCAGCGUCCUAGGACCAACAUCCACCCAGCGCACCAGCGCCGCGCUGAUGCGCACGUUUACCGAAUUCCUCAACGUGCUCGAAGAAUCCAUCAACAGCGAGCUAACCCACUCAACCGCACUCAUCGGGCUCUUCGAGUCCAUCGACCGCCAAUUCCUCAACCUGCAGCGCGUCGUCGUGCGCGAGUCCGACACACAAGAGCGCGAAGAAGGCGAAAUGCUCAGCUCCCUCUGGACACGCCUCCUGGGAGGCAACAAAGACGCGAUCCGCAAAUACGAGAAAAACCGCAAACUGCUAGCCGACGUGCGCCGCCGCACCGUCAGCAACAAACACCAGCUCAUGGACCACCAGGCACGCCUGCUCAACCUAAAAGCCAGCCUGGAAACGCUACGGCGCAGACUGGUCAGUCCGCUGGUGCGCCAGAACGAGUCGCGUCUGUCGACCGCCAGCAGCAGCAGCGUAGACUCUACCAACAACGUCCUCGGCGCGAUCGAGGGCCAGAUCAAGGGCGUCGACGACACGUACGAGUAUCUGCGUGGCCUGCGCGAGUCGCAAAAGGCGAAAUUGAUGGAUUUGGUGUAUGGAGCGGGCCGUACUCAGAGCAGUCAGGGGUAUCUGGGGCUUGACGAGACGGGGGAGUAA